AAUUAUCAUACAGACGGAAACAUACUUGAAAUGUCUAAUAUUAUUUUUAUGGUUAUUUUAUUGUUAGUCCGUAAAAGUUCAUCCAGUUGACAACAGUGAUAGAUCUGUUUAUCGUGGGUUUCUCUUUACAAAAUGGAGAGCGAAACGCUAUAAGAAAGAAUUAUAUAUGUCAAAAUUACUAGAAAAAGAACCUGAUUUACCCACACAUAAUGAGAGUGAUGAUGCGAGUGAUGAGGAAGAUACUAAACCGACAAGAAGCGAUUAUGUUUUAACGGAGGAGGAGAUGCGAUGGCAUGGUUACCCUACACCUGACAGACCAGGCUUCGUAUCAACGAAACACGCAGGCACCAUCAGUGAUGCCAGUCCCUUGAUUGCUAUCGACUGCGAAAUGUCAAUGACCCAUAGUGGACAGGAGUUAACAAGGGUAUCUGUUGUUAAUGAAAAAUUAGAAGUGCUGUAUGACACACUCGUUAAGCCAUACAACAAGAUCGUAGACUACUGUACAAAGUAAGUCAUAGGGCCAAGUAUUGUGUGUGAGUA